GGCGGUCGUUCAUUAUCAGCCGGAACGUAAACAGCGUCGCUGCUUUUCACGCUUUCCGAUAAAAAUGUUUAAAUCACACUGUGUUAAUUAGAGUCGAAAUCAAAAUCAAUGCGCCAGUGGACGCGAACGACUCGAGAUCGUGUGCGCGUGAACGCGGAUUAAGAAGCUCUUUGAACUAAACAAAAAACAACUAGCAGUGUGAACUGUGAUUUUUGGCCCGUGAGCGAAUCACGUGCAAAGCGGAUAAACAAAAGCCAUAAAAAACAGAUUCGCACGAGAAUCGAAGAAAAGCCGUCGUCUGUGCGCUUAAAUUACAAUUCGGAUUUGGAAAAGUCGAGUUUUCCCUUUCCCCGGAGGAGAACGGCUUUCCAACCGCCGCCGCCAUGGACGACGAGUUCAAGCUGUGCUGGAAGAACUUCCAGGACAACAUUGCCAGCGGCUUCCAGAAUCUGUACGACCGCGGCGACCUGGUGGACGUGACCCUCGCCUGCGACGGGAAACUUCUCCAGGCCCACAAGAUUGUGUUGGCCAUCUGCAGUCCCUACUUCCAGGAGAUCUUCACCACCAAUCCCUGCCAGCAUCCCAUCAUUAUACUCAAAGAUGUGAGCUUCAACAUUAUGAUGGAGCUGCUGGAGUUCAUGUACCAAGGAGUGGUAAAUGUUAAGCACACAGAGCUGCAGUCCUUCAUGAAGAUUGGCCAGCUGCUGCAGAUCAAGGGUCUGGCCACCAACUCGAAUUCCUCGCCGGGAUCGAGUGCCUCCGAGAAGUCUUCUAGUCAGCCACCAGCCGAGGAAUCAAAUAAUAGCAAUACCAACAGCACCAACAACCAUCACAAUUCCAACUCUAAUAGCAAUAAUAAUAGCAAAACAGAAGCGGAUCAUAAUGAAUCCAAGGGACAGAGCAAUUCGAGGACCACUUCGCCGGGUGGGGCGAGCAGAGCCUCCAACGAAGCCGGCAGCCACCUGUACACAUCCAGCAAACGUCCGAUGCCGUCGGAUUUCGGCAGCGAUUCCCUGUCCAUCUACUCGGGAAAGCAGUUGAGGAGGUCACUCAAGGAUCACGGCUCCGGCGGCAGCGAAGGCGGCGGCGGCGAGCAUGCGGACAGUGCAGCGGGAAUGGAUGGCAGCCUGAAUGCCGAGGAGUUCUUCCUGCCACCCAUUCCGCACAUCACGAUGGGCGAACCGCGUUACGAUCUCGGAGGUCUGAAACGUGAAUCGGCGGAUGGUCACCAUCAUGGUCCAUCAUCAGGCGGCGGCGGCGGCGGUGGUGGUGGUGGUGGUGGCGGAAGUUCGGGCAGCGUGGGCAGCCUCAACUCGUCGGCCUCCUCCUCUGCCCCCAUCCGCAAUCCCUUCGGACCGGCCUUCAAUCUGGACAACUACAACUUCUACAAGAGCAGCAACAGCAGUGGGCCCAGCGGCAGUUCCAAUAAUUCCGGCGGUCCCGGAGGCAUCAAUAACAAUGGAUCCAUUAGUCUGGCUCCUGGCACCGAGUUCCCCAAUGAGCUGUACAUGCCCAACGAUUAUUCCAAGAACUUUGCCAACCACAUGGACAUUCCCAAUAGCGGCAGCAACAUGGUGAUGCUGUCCACCACCUCGCUGCUCCACGGCAACUGCGUGUUCAACCGCAACAACACGGUGGCCACGCAGCAGGGCAUGAAGACCUACUGGCUGUGCAAGUCCUACCGGAUCAGCAUGUGCCGGGCGCGGUGCAUCACCCACCUGGGCAGGAUCAUCUCCGCCACGGGCGUGCACAACCACACGCCGCACAUGCGCGGCGGUCAGGGAUCUUCAGCGGCAGCUGCAACGUCCUCGGUUUCGGGGACUCCCUCGGGCUCCAAUCCAAUUGCCAGCCAGGCGGCGGGUUACUCUCUAACGGAUGGUGGUGGUGGCCAUCACCUGGGCACGGAUUUGCAGCAUGGAGUGAGCAAUCGAGUGAGCAACAUGUUUGCCAAUCAAACGCCUCCACCUCCGCCGCCGCCGCCACCUUCAAUGCCAGUGACAUCGACGCCGCACCACCCGCACCAUCAUCAUCAUCACCAGCUGGGACAGCCGCUGCCGAAUCUCCUGGUGCAGCAUCACCCGGCGCCACCGCCGCACAUGGAUCAGCAUGGCGGCGCGGCGGCCAAUCUCAUGCACAAUCCGAAUCUGAUGCACCUGCAGACGCAGCAGCAACACCACCACCUCCAGCAACACUCGCCGCACAAUCCACCGCCAUCGCAGCAGCAGCACAGUCUGGAACUGGGAGGUGGCUCGGUAUCGGGAUCGGGAGCAGUGCUCCUUUCGCCGGCGCACCUGCAGCAGAGUCCGCAGUCCAACCGCAGCAGCCACUCCCUCCAGGCGCUUAGUCCUCCACCACCGCCACAAACUGUGGAGGAGCAGCAUCAGCAAACACACCAGCAGCAGCAGCAACAACAGGAGGGAGCCAGCACGGAUGGGGGAUCCACGGAUGCCAGCACAGCGCACGUGAUCAACAACAUAACCAUAUCCCCGAGCAGCAGGCACAGCUUCAAGAUGGAGAACAUGUAAGGCUGUCGGGGAACAGGGAUUCCCCUCGCUGCACACUGCCCCCCAAAAACCGAGGAGUAAUUUAUUAUUAUUUUUGACUAGCUAGAGUUUGUAGUAGACAAUUGAAUUUGAUUCGAAAACCAGAGAGAGAGAGGAGUAACCAAUGUAAAUACCCCUACCGAUGUGCAUAAUCUAUUUGAUAAACUAAUGCGAAACGAUAAACCAAAAA